AUGAAAACCCGAAAGAAAAGGCUGCCCUACUACCUCUUCGGCACGGAAUACCACAGACACUUUUGCGAUGGAGGACGGCAAUGCAUUGUGAAUGACUAUGAUGAUCCCAUGGAGGAGAAAGAUGUGGGUGCCUGUGAUGGCUGGCCCAUGGUUUACGACUGGAUACAAAGCGGUAUUGCCCCCAGUGAACGCACUGUCUUUACAACCAAUUCUAAACUGGGAAAGAAAUGUUACAAUCCAAAAAUCCACGAAUCUAAGGAUCCCCUCCUGGCGGAAUGCGAAGAGAAGUUAUUCUAUAAUGCGGCUGGACAACGAAAUGUGUAUUCGAACCCCACCUACACAAGGUCAGCCGCCGAUGUCUACUGUGUGCCCUAUAACAUGGCUAGUGUAUCCCAAGAGCAAAACGAGCUCGUUUCGAGCUCGCUAAUUCGAAAAAUCGAGCUCGUUUUGGCCGCCUGUUUGAGCUCGAAAAAACGAGCUCCAUGCAAACUCGUGUUCUCGCGCUUGUAG